AUGUCCAGCCCCAUGGAGGCGUUCCAGCUUCCGCGUUCCGGCACAGGUGAGCUCGCCGACGAGCUCCAGGGGUUCAUUGACGUCAUGCCGAUCAACAAAAUGCUCACGGUCGUCCUCCAAUACGUCGCCGAAGACGCCGAGUUCCAGGAGCUGUUAACCUAUCUGCAGUCGAAGGAGUUCAAGCAACUGGUCCUCGACAUCGAAGCCAUGCCCGAGAUCAUCAAGUUCAUGAACUUCUUCCAGGAGAAGGGUUUGGACAUCUACUACCUGGUGAACAAGCUGAACCAGUUCCUUGGUCUGCCAGCCAUGAAGGCCCCGAACACAUUCCAGGUGUACAAGAUCACCGGCGGAAUUCGUGGCUUCCUCGACGACAUCAAAAAGAUCAUACCCAUUCAGGCGAUCAAGGCUCUAUACGAGAAGAAGAUGGCUAACUCAGCGUUGUUCCGUGAGUGCAUAGAUAGACUGAGGGGUCCCGACAGCCAGAAGAUCGCCGACGCCAUCGCCGUCAAUCCAAACUUCCUCGCUGUGCUCGAUAAGGCUAGGGUGGCCGGCAUCGACGUAGCUGCGCUCAAGGAAUUCUUGGAAUAUUUCCUUGGCAUCAGGAUCCCACUCGGUUUUUAA